GGCACAUAAACAACGUUAUGGAUUUGUGAAUGAGAUUCAUAUUAUAUUAUGAUAUUUCAGUAUAUGUUCAAGAGGUAUAAAGAAAUUAAAAAUCCUAAAUAAAGGGAAAUCGAUGAUAGAAAAGAAAAAAAAAAACUAGUAUUAAUUAUUGGAGAGAAAAUGAAGGAAUUUAAGAGGAAAAAUAUAACUAAGUGGUUAUUGUUUUAGUAUUAGAUAUAAAUAGUCACAACACAUUAAAGAAUUUACAUCAUUAAGUUUUUAGACACAACAUUAUUACUUCGUAUGACCUAAGCUCACAAAAAAAUCAUCCGAACAACACCACACUGGAAAUAUUAUACGAAGUAUCAUUAAAACAUGCACAUCAAUUAGAUAUUCUUUAAUAAUAAUUCUGGAAUAGUACCAUCAAACAUUAGAGGGUUUUAAAAAAUAAUCGUCAUUAAAAAUUUUGGUGGCUUUCAAUCCCUUCUACAAAGCCACCACAUAGACGCAUAAACCAAAUAGUAAAUAUUAAAACUACCACCUAAACCAAAGGUUUAAACACAAGUCAAUAUAAAUUUUCCGCAAGAGCUAGCCCCUCCACGUGCAUCGAGCACAUAGACCAUCUUAGUAAAUAAGGAAAUUGUGACAUGUGGUAAUGGUUUGUAUGUAAAGUUGGCACUCAUGUACUCCUUUAACUUUUUGAUGCAUUCUCUUACAAAAAAUAAAAUAAAAAAAUAAAAUAAAAUAAAAAUAAAAUAAAAAAUAUUUAAGACUAAUCAUAUAUAAUUUUGAUUAAUCAGGUCUAAUCAAGUCUAAUAACUUUAGUUCGAACAAAGUAAGGUGAAUAAAAGUAAACUCACACUAAGUCAUUUUAUGAACCACGAUUUAGUGUUCAAACAUGUACUCCGUAUGUUGCUAACGAACACCUUGAGACGUUAGAUAACAAUUAAAUUAUUCUAAAUGAGUAUGUGUAAUUAUUUAUUCCAAUUAGUAUAUCCACCUUUUUGCCUUUAAAGUUUUAAACAUCUGUUCAUCCUUUGCAACAACUACUUAUAGCCCAAGUCGAAGCUCCAAAGCGCCAAACACCACACUCAUUCAUUCGAACAUUCAAGUAAGAAGACUAAGAACUCAGUCAAAAAUGGCCUCCAACGAUCAUCCACGCCGUAUCAUUCGCAAUUUUAUUCCUAUACAAGUUUGUAAGGAGCUGGAAUUCAUUCACAAGAGCAAUUGUACAGUUGGGUAUAGACCAAAUGUCUUCUCUACUACUCUCUCUCAUCUCAUUGCCACCAAUUGCGCCCAUCUUAUUAUGCCUUUCAUCCCAAUUCGAGAGAAAUUGAAGGAGAAAGUUGAGGAAGUGUUUGAUUGUGAGUAUGAGUUGUUUAUUGAAUUCACUGGUUUGAUUAGCUGGAAUGAGGGAGCAAGUAUUGGGUGGCAUAGUGAUGAUAACAGAUCUUAUCUCGAACAGCGUGACUUUACGGCAGUCUGCUAUUUAAACAGCUACGGUCAGGAUUUUAGUGGCGGCAUGUUUCACUUUCAGGAUGGGGAGCCUACAAAUUAUCUGCCAAAGGCUGGGGAUCUAGUCGUGUACUCUGCUGACAACCGCAACAUACAUUGUGUUGAUGAGAUAAAUGAUGGAGAACGACUUACAUUAACACUCUGGUUCAGCCGCAAUAGUUCAUUUGAUGAAGAUGCUAAACUCGUUUCACUCUUGACUCAGAGCAUAUUAAAUAACGAGUCUGCUUCAUGCAUUCCCUUACCAGCACCUAGCAAUAUGUAUUGGUUUUCUUUAGACCAGGGUUCAGAUCAUCAACAAGGCUAUGACAUAUGCUUUGCAAGAUUAUUCAUUUUGGGAUUUAAUAUCUAUACCACUCAAGGAAUGACUUGUUUUUCAGAAAAGCAUAUUCUAGAGAGCUCUGAUGUACUCAUGAAACCAUUGAAGCUGGUUAGGGGAGACAACUUAUAUUGCCAAGAAUUUGCCAACCUGUUGCAUGCCCUCCAGGCUGUACAAUAUUACGUCUGGAAACAGCCUGCCCUGCAACAAUCAGAAGUUACCAUGGGUACUAGUGAUAUUGUACUAUUAUCUGAAGAACAAAAGGAGAUUGUUCACGAGCUAAGAUCUGUUUUCUUGGGCACUAAGACAACUUUUUGUGAUUCAUAUCCUGCCGGGAGCAGCAGGGAGUUUCAUUUUGACUGGGCUUGCUUUUCUGCUGCUAUAGCAUCAUGGAAAGAAGACACAUUCGAGUUGCAUAAGCAGUUACUAAUGCAUUUACCUUUCUGGAAAGACUAUCGAUCUUUAUUUUCUAUAUCCUCUUUAGUUGUUGAGAAAUAAAUUUAAAUGUCAAAAUUUUAGUGCUAUAAUAGAGUCGAGUUUUCUUGUUUCA